AUACACUUGGUCAUCCCUGCGCUGAACCAAACGACCGCGAUGGUCUGAGUUUGGAGAGUUGACGUGGCAAAUUCCCAUUGGCUGGUGCUAUGUGGAAAUUCACGCCAAAGAGACGUUUGAACAACGCGCCGCCGGCGCUCACUCUCUCAGAUUUCUGAACCAAGUAAAUCUCGAAAAACCCCACUAUUCAACGAUUCUCUUUGCCAGCAGCUGCGAAAUGGCGGUGCGUGCGGCUGCAUCUCGAUUCCCCAGCGAUCCUGACGCCUUGGAGGUGUCGGGGCUGCCGUGGGGGGUGACUGUGACGCCGUUCGCCACCAAGGACGAGAACGGUAUUUCGCCGGUGUACGGAUCGGACGGACACCUUUUGCCGCGGUGCGAGAACUGCUGGGCGUACUACAAUACCUACUGCGAGCAGGAGCAGUGGGCCUGGACCUGCGCUCUCUGUGGAACCCUCAAUGGUCUCUCUUCUCAAUCCAUUGCUCGCUAUUCACUCCCUGAUUCCUGCCCCGAGAACAUGUCGUCCUUCGUUGACCUUGAGUUGCCAUUGGAAGGAUCCGAGGAAAUGCAGGCGCGUCCUGUAUAUGUGGCAGCAGUUGAUCUUGCGUCCUCAGAGGAGUUUUUGGAACUCGUCAAAAGUGCUCUUCUAGCUGCCUUGGAAGGUCUUGGGCCUGGAUCUCUAUUUGGCCUUGCUACCUUCAGCCAUAAAAUUGGUUUAUAUGAUGUUCAAGGACCUAUUCCUGUAGUGAAGAAUGUCUUCAUCCCACCCGAAUCUGAUGGUACCUUGCCUAUGGAACUCGAGGAUGUCAUGCCCUUAUCUUCGUUUCUAGCUCCAGUGGAUACAUUCAAAGAUUGCAUUGCAUCUGCACUUGAGACAUUGCGGCCUACCACUUCAUGGGAAAGAACUUCAGCUGCAGGCCAAGGAUUAGAUGGAGUUUUGCUGGGUGGAAGAGGCUUUGGAUCAGCAAUGGAAGCUCUAUUUAAUUACCUUGGGUCUGAAUACGGAAAUACAUUUGCAUUAGCUAGAGUUUUUGCCUUCAUAUCUGGCCCCCCUGAUUAUGGAGCUGGCCAACUAGACACAAGACGGUAUGGUGAACAAUAUGCUAGCAAAGGAGAGGAUGCAGACUGCGCUUUACUUCCUGAGCAGACGCCAUUUUAUAAAGAUUUGGCUGCUGUUGCUGUUCAAUCUGGUGUUUCAGUGGACAUAUUUGCAGUGACAAAUGAAUAUACCGAUUUAGCAUCUUUGAAGUUUUUAAGUAUUGAGAGUGGGGGCUCAUUGGCUUUGUAUACAAGCACUGAUGACUCAACACUUCCUCAAGACAUAUACCGCAUGUUAAGUCGACCAUAUGCUUUUAAUUGUGUCUUGCGUCUAAGGACAUCUUCUGAAUACAAACCUGAUCAUUCUUAUGGGCAUUUCUUUCCAGACCCGCAAUAUGAAAAUGUUCAACAUAUAAUAUGCUGUGAUGCUUUUGCCACAUAUGCGUAUGAUUUUGAGUUUACAAAUAAUUCUGGUUUUUCCAGGCAUACUAGAGCACUUCCUAUGCUUCAAGUUGCAUUCCAGUACACAGUUGUAGUGCCUCCUGGUGAACUUGCAAAUUCGGAAUCAAGUCUUACAAGUAGAAAAAAGCAUUCCCUGAAGAGGAGGCUAAGGAUAAGAACUAUGCAGUUUGGAGUUGCUUUUGAGAUCAAUGAAAGUUAUGAUAGUGUUGAUUCUGAAGUGGUGCUUUCUUUACUUGUUCACAAGGUCAUUAAAUCUUCGUUGGAAGAAGGUAUACGAGAAGGAAGAAUGCUACUCCAUGACUGGCUAGUAAUUCUUACAGCUCAGUACAAUGAAGCUUGCAAACUCUCAGAGUCUGGACGUGGGACUUCAAACAUGGCUCAUAUCGAUGUUUCUUUCUCCCAAUGCCCACAGUUGCAGCAUCUCCCUCGCUUAGUUUUUGCUCUCUUACGAAACCCUCUUCUCCGCUUACACGAAGAAGGUGUACAUCCAGACUAUAGAAUAUACCUCCAGUGUCUGUUCAGUGCAUUAGAACCUUCUUCUCUUCACCUGGCUAUAUAUCCACUGCUGUCCUCGUUUGCAUCGCCGGAUAAACAAGCUUACCCUCGCCACUCCCUGAGCCGUGCAGCAUUGAUAACCAGCGGCAGCCCCAUAUUUUUCCUCGAUGCUUUCACAGUUCUCAUCGUCUACUAUUCAUCUACAGCUGACCCUUCACUCCCUUUUCCUCCACCUCAGGACUGUUUACUGAGAACAAUAAUAAACAAGCGGAAGCAGGAGCGAUGCAUCACCCCGAAACUCAUAUUCAUGAGAGCAGGCCAGGACGAUGCAACGCCAUUUGAGAAUUUCCUUAUAGAGGAACAAGAUGUAGAAGGGAAUGGGUUCACGAGCAUCAUGGGCUUUGUGUCCUUCCUUGAAGAAAUCCAUCAGGGUGUGUUAGAGUACAUGAAAUGAAGUGAUGCAAGUCGGAGAAAGGAUAUACAUUCUGCUUUUGAGUGGUCUCUGUCAAGCGACAUAUAUCGGUCUCCAACGGGCUACCAACAUUGUCGACACUAGUCACCCUCCCACGGUUGGUGUUAGUCAACCUUCGGUGGACUUGUUUCUAGUCAUCUCUAUAUUGCUUUGUGACUAAAGCAUGUUAAAUAUGCACUCUACUUGAAAACUGCAUUUAAUUUUUAAGUAAUUACUAUAACUUGUUUAUCGGCAAAUAUAUGCCUCCUCUUAAAAAAUGAACUUUACGGUUAAACCCUUUGGUGUUAGAAAGUACUUCGUAUAUGUUUAUGAGCAUAAGCAGAAACACUGAUAUUGGGUGGAUUCUAUUCAGAUCCUUGUUCAAGUUUAGUCAAGUAGAAGACGACUAGAGCCAGACAGAUCGCCGGAGGUUUGGAAGCUGUGCCGCCGCUGCUGUGCCGCUGCCGUUGGGAUCGCCAGAAAUAGCCAAUCGUCACCACCACCUUGUUCGUUUGUUGAUUUAUUUUAUUCGUCAGAUAAUUGAGGUAACAGGAACGAUGAAUAAUGAGAGGGUCUUGGA